AUGAGUCACUAUGAUAACCCCGAGCGCGGCCAGCCAUUCAACAACCCAGCACCGAUGCCAAAACAGGUGCCUCAUGUCGAUGAAAUUGGUGCGACGAGUGCUCCGUUGAAGAGUGCGAGCUUCUUUAUUGGUGCAAAAUGUCAGGAAUUUAAUG